UUAUUUUUUUUUUUAUGUUUGGGUACAGGUUUUUGGGGGUAUUUCUGAUCAAUACAUUAUUUUUCCCCCCACUCUCUGGUCUCUUACAACUCAGUAGGGUGUAAUUUGUGUUAUCUUUUAGGGGCGUGUAGUGGUCAGCACCCCACACAGAGAAGGCUCAAAUCCCAGCUUUGCAUCUGUGGAUUUUCUCCAGGCUCACCAGCUGCCUCUUCCAGUCCAAAAACAGGUUUCAUACUUUAAUUGGAGACUCUUAAAAAAGUCUCCCAGGUGUGAAUGUGUAUGUCUGAUGGACUGGUGAAUUGUCCAGGUGUACCUCCACUUCACCUUUCACUGGCUGUGUUAGCUCCAGCGUCUCUGUGAUCAUGAACGGGAACAAAACAGGUUGAGAAAAUGGAGUUUUGAGCAAAUCAAAUUCCUGCAAUACGUAAAAAAUUAGGCUCCACCGCUAUUGUAAGUUAAAGAAAACAUAUGUUUGGAAAGCUAAAGUUGACCAUGGUUAUUGGACCUUUAGCACGUUUGAUUCAGUGAACAUCUCGCUUGAAAUUUUGGUGGAAUACCCUCAAGAGCAGCCGUUAAGAGAACAUUUUGACAGUUUGAGGAAGGAAUGUUUUUAUGAGCUGUCCUUCAGGUUCUGGGGAAACUUGCUAGAUAGCAUUCUGUGCAUUCUGUCACCCUCCCAAGCCGAGACACUCUGAAGCCUCGGAGAGAGAAGACUUGUCCCGGUGAAAGACGGAGGGAGCAGGCGAAGCACCUCACCUUGGUCAUUUGACACUAAUGGAUGACUCCAAUGCUUAGACCAACGGCAAACAACUUUCCACUGGUUUGGCUGCUUCUCCUUUUUUCCUUUGAUCCAUCGGUAAAUGCAAGUUUAUAGUGUCUUCUGUGAAUUCUCAGGCCAGAAAUGGAGGAAGGAGCCGACAGUCCAAUAGCUGUAAAGGUGGAAGGAAACUCUCGCAGCGUCGUGCUGACCUACUUUCAGGGGGACACUAGCAGCAUGGUGGACGCUCAUUUUGACCGGGCUCUUAGCAAAACCUCCAGGGGUGAGGAACCUGCAGGAAGGCUGAGAAAAGUCCUGAAAGCUGUGAAAAGCGAAGAUUUAACCACCUGUCAGGACAUUGCUGCUCCUUCUUACUCUGAGCCACAGGCCCUCUCCAAGGCAGGAUGCAUCAUGGCCCUCGGCUCCCCAGGGGGGGGUCACAGCUCCUGGCAGCCCUUCACUUCCAGACCCGGAGAGGCUCCGGGGCUGUCGACCAUCAUGUGUCUGUCCUCGGACGGGCUGAGUCUCACUGGACAACAGUAUGCUACAUCCCUGCUCAACCUGCUGCACAGCGAUCGGGGGGAGGUGGGCCCCAGCAAUGUUUCCAAGCCAGACACCUUACCGAGGUGGACAGCUCCCCAUGGGUUCAGAGAGUCUGUGGAUCCUUCUAUAAACUUUGAGCAAGGCCGACAUGUGGACAAGAAGAACUUGUACUGGUACUGAGGGGAAAGCUACUCUUACUAUCCAAUCUAUUUGGACUUUUUUGGGAAAAAAAAGUUUCUUUUUCUCCUGUGUGUCUUUUUGGAAUAUCGAGAAGAGGAGUGUUUCCAUUCCCUGCCUGAGUCUCCAUUCCUCAGAAUGACCUCAUCACCGCAGAGUGCACUAACUGGAACAAAUGUGAAACGAGAACGAUUGCUGACAAACCAGUUCUCCUUCUUGUCAGAGAGUGCAUUCGUUGUUGCUCCGUCUGUAGCUGAAGUUAGAUGAAGGCAUUUUCUUCUUUGGUUUGACUAAAGUUAAUACUUUAGUGUUAAUUCUGAAUAUUCAGGCCCUGGUGUGCGAAUUUCAUAAAUCUGUACAGCAUUUAACUGGAUGAGAUUUAUUUUCUGUGAUCAUGGAAAAUAUUUAAUUUAUCCCAUAAAUAAUUAUGUGUGUAAAAUAAAAGGUUGGGGGGGGGGUAGUUAAGCAUUGCUUCAUACUUUUUUACUGUCUUAAAAGCUGAGAAUUUACAGUCAUGUCAAAAAAAAAAAAAAGAAACUGACAAGUUGAACAAUAGCGACCCCCAUGGGUAGAUGUUUGAAAAAGCACUCUGUGGGAUGCAUCUGAGCUUUUUUUGGAAAUCCAACGUGUAGUUUAUCUACACAACAAACUUAAGUUUUAUUUGGAGCUUGCCCACAUCCGCACCUGCGGACCUGAACCAUUUAUCUACUCCAGAUCGUCUGUCUGGUGAAGACAUCGGUGUUUGUCAGAAGUUUUCUUUUACAUUAGCUUGUUUUAUAUAUACAUAAAUACUUUUGAUGCAGAAUUUAGAAUGAUUGUAAUCAAAUAGUUUUUAAUAUUUUUAUUUUUUAACUUUGGAUCCACAGUGUGAACAUCUGUGAGAUACCAAAUGUUUCUUUUCCACUUAACUUUAUUCAGCUUCUGCAUGUCUGGUAUCUAAUACAUUACGUUGUGAUAUUCUUCAGACCAAAAUGGCUUGAUAAUAAAUCAAGACCUUAGGUAUUCAGUGUGCGAUCACAUCAUUAAAUGUUGUAACUUAACUGUUUUAUUCAUUUUGUAUGAAGGAAAAGUCAGUCAGAGGCUGCAGACAUGUUUGACGAGUUUAUCUUUAUUGACAGAUUUUGACAUUCUGUGUAAAACAUUAUUCCAAGAGCUGUUUCAUGAAUAAAAUUGUGAUUUUAAA